AUGGCACGAAAACUCAGCCACCAAAGGGUCACGUACGUGCUUCCUCUGCCCGAUGCCCCCGGCGGCCACCGGCUAGGAGUCAACGGCCUGGCUGUCGACCGCCAGAGCUCCAUUCUGUACUCCGCUGGUCGUGACGGUGUCAUCUGCUCAUGGGACCUCGACUGUUCGCUCGCUCCGCUGCACGCCUCGAAUCCUUAUGCAUCAUCCAAUCGCAAGCCAGGUCCAACUCGCUUCAAGACCCAAGUUCAGGCGCACAGUCACUGGAUCAACGACAUUGUCCUGACCCACAAUAAUUCGGCCCUGGUGUCAGCAUCGUCGGAUACCACUGUGCGACUGUGGCGGCCACAUUCAGAGUCUACCGAUGUCCCGGAGCGGAUUGGCAAACACAGCGACUAUGUCAAGACGCUUGCGACUCCCAACGGGCAGGCCACGUGGGUCGCAUCGGGCGGGCUGGAUCACAAGCUCUACCUGUGGGAUCUCAGUGGCGCCGGCGAGAUACUCAGUAUCAAUGCAGAGGGGGAUGAGACCACCGAAAAGGGGUCCGUGUACGCUCUGGGUGCAGUCAAUUCGGUGCUAGCAAGCGGAGGACCCGAGAAUGUGGUUCGAGUCUGGGAUCCCAGAUCGGGCAAGCUGGUCACGAAAUUUGUUGGCCAUACUGAUAAUAUUCGUGACAUCUUGGUUAACGAGGCGGGUGAUACCAUUCUCACCGCGUCGUCAGACCAGACGAUCAAAGUCUGGUCGCUCACGGCAGGUCGAUGCAUGAACACGUUGACCAUGCAUAACGACAGUGUUUGGUCGUUGUACUCGGACGAACCAGACCUGUCAGUAUUCUACUCGAGUGAUCGGUCUGGGUUGGUGGCCAAAACCGACACCCGUCGGUCCGCCGAUAUCGAACAGGGUACCUGCGUUGCCGCAUUGCAGGAGCACGAAGGCGUGGUCAAGGUGGUGGCAGCGGGCGAUUUCAUCUGGACGGCCACGCCUAAAUCAGGCAUCAAUCGCUGGAGAAACGUCGACACAACGCUCGAGGUUGCGGGCCCUCCCGAGCCUAAUCGGACAAGCGACUCGGCUGACGUGCCCGCCGAGGCCUCCAAGGCUGAGGCUCCAACGCCGGAAGUGCCCCAAAACGAGACCCCCCAGGACAAGACCCUGAAGACGAUUCCUUACAGUGCAAUGCUGCAACUCUCCGCCACGUCAGAGCUGCUUCGUCCUGCUGCAGCUUGUAGUGCCCAGCCGGGGCAACCGGGGUUGGAAGGUGAUCUGGAUUUGACCAUGCCGGUACACUCAUCGCCAGAGGAAACGAUAGAGGGCCAGCACGGUCUCAUUAAGUGCUUGAUGUUGAACGACCGGAAGCGUACACUCACGCAAGACUCAGCGGGUGAGGUUGUGCUAUGGGACCUGCUCAAGUGUGUUCCCGUUCAAUCCUACGGCAAGCGUCAUAUGGAUGAUGUGGCCAGCGAAAUCAACACGACGGAGAGUAUUUCUCACUGGUGCACCAUCGACAUCCGCACAGGUAGACUAUCGGUCAUUCUUGAGCCGAACCGUUGUUUCGAUGCCGAGGUUUACGCCGACGAGGCAGAUCUUCCCGCAACGGAUCUGUCGCAAUUCCGCGAAGACCAGCGCAUCAAUCUUGGGAAAUGGAUUCUCCGUUGGCUGUUUGCCCCGCUGGUGGACGAGGAAAUCCGACGCGAUCAGAAAUAUCGUGAUGCGGCACUUGCCAAAGCAGAGGAACGGGCAAAACUCAUGCCCAAGAGCCCCUUUACGCCCGGGUACGAAAUUCCUCGCAGCAUAGGUAUCCCGACUCAGGGCGACUUGUCCAUGACUACUUUGCGCCCGGGAACAGAAUUCCUAGGCAGCCCAACGACUCCCGGGUUUGGCAUCCACGCUGGGACGCCUGCCUCGGCGGCUGUUCUGAGCUCGUCGAUGCAGAGCAACUCUUUCCUCUCGCCCACCGACGUGGAAACUCCAGAUGCACUCCCGUCAGGGAACCCUCCGCCCGACGGGGCCUCCUCCUCCUUUUCCGAUAAGUAUAGCGACUACUUUUCUUCUCGACCUGCCCGGAACGACAAUGAAAAAGGCCCGAUGUCACCCUCUGAUGGUGUGUCCAAUCCGGGAUUACCGCAAUCCCCGGUAGAACCUGAAAAGGAAGAGAAACGGAAGGGAUCCUUCUUUGGCAAGAAGCUCAACUUCCCUAAGAAGCUUGGACGCACGUCGACGGAGACUAAGCCGCAAGUUCCGGAUGAAAAACCAGAGGAAUCUGAAGUCUCCUCCGUCAAGGAAGAAAAGGUUUAUGAGCCGAACAUCAGUGGAGUCAUCGAACGAAUCCACGAUGACUACGAGGAGUACUUGGCUCAGAAUCCUAAUUGCAAGGAGUUGAAAUCAGCAAUCACUCCCAGCUCAGAGGACGAGACACCUCGGCUGGACAUUCCUGCUCGGACCGCAGUGUUCAUCCAAGAGGAGACCGGUGAUACCGCCGUGGCUUCGGACCUGUAUCGAGGCAAUGUCGGUCUCAUCGGACAGGAUGUUGAACGAUUGGAAAAAGCUCUUCCUCAUUGGCUUGGAGAACUGCUUCUCAAGAAUCAAACUCCCUUCAAGGAGCAGGUCAAGAUUGCAUUUAUCCUGAAGCCGUUUGACGAUUCUUUGCCUCCUGUGGCUAAACCUGACCCACCAAGUGCUACGACCGGUCCUGCGAAUGGCGUCAACAAUUCCCGGCUUAACGCUAAUCGGAUGCUCCGAACAAAGAAGGUCUUGGCAUACGUGGCUGAACGAAUUGAUCCGCCGAACCCUGAUGAGCCUGAAGCCAACCAAAUGCCACCCGAAGAGUACCUCGAGUUGUACUGCCAGAAGAUGCUAUGCCCGCCCAACAUGACCUUGGCCACCAUCCGCACGCAUCUUUGGCGUACCUCUGGAGAUAUGAUUCUUCACUACAAGGCAAAUGGCAAAAAGCAGAUCCGUCCCCCGCCUUUCUUAAUGAAUUUCGACACCAAUCGCUCGACAAUGGGCGACGGUCACGUUCCCAAUGGGGACUCAACGGCGGCUCCAUCCAGCAUCCACUCCAUGACCAAUUCAGGGUCGGUGGCCGGGUCUGCCGCUGCAUAG